CCCCCGCGGCUCCGGGCGGGCGAGCGGGCGGUCCCCGCUGCGGCUCGGCGCCUUCUCCUCCUCCUCCUCCUCCUCCCUCCGCCGCCUCCUCCUCCUCGCGGCCGCUGCGGCGCGGGGGCUGCGGGCGGAGCGGCGGCGCCAUGAGCGGGGCGGCGGCGGGGAAGAGCGAGAAGCUGGACGAGGCUCAGGCGCUGGCCCGCAGCUGCGCGGGCAGACCCGACUUCCAGCCGUGCGACGGGCUGUCGCUCUGCGCCACGCACAGCCACGGCCGCUGCUUCCGCCUGCACUGGUGCUGCCACCUCGGAUGGUGCCACUGUAAAUACGUGUAUCAGCCCAUGACCCCCGUGGAGCAGCUUCCCAGCACCGAGAUCCCUGUGCACCCCCGGGAGUCCACCAACACCAUCCAGAUCUCCGUUUCGCUCACCGAACACUUCCUCAAGUUCGCUCCCGUCUUCCAGCCCCCCCUGCCCCCCGACUCCCCCCAGUUCUGCACCAUCACAGACCUCUUCAUUGACAAUUACCGAGUGAAAUGCAUCAACGGCAAGAUGUGCUACGUGCAGAGGCAGCCCCCAGCCCUGCCCCACAAGGUCAAGCCCGAGGAAGCCCCUGUUGGCAAUGCCUUACUCACAAAAGAGAGCAAUACACCAAAACCGGCUCACUGCUCGUCGCCUUCCAGCUCCGAGGACUCCGGGAUCAAUGCGGUGGGGGUUCACUACGUGGAGUCGUGUGACGAGGACACGGAGGGGGUGGCUGAGCUCAGCUCAGAAGACGACUACAGCCCGGAUAGCAGCUGGGAACCAGAUGAGUGCCCGCUCCUGUCACCCUCCCAGUGCGAGCUGGAAGUGAUCGAGACUAUAGAAACCACGGUGUGAGGCGAGCAGCGGGCAGCGGCUCGGUGCAGCUCCCACUCAGUAAUGUUGCUUUUGUAGGAUUUCUAUUUUCUGGGGUUUUGGGUUUUUUCCUGACAAUCUCCUUCCCCCUUCCCCGCUGUACUCGCUGUUUCAGACUCCUCACGGGAGUGCAGCCCCUGGACUUGCAGAGUGGUGAACUCGCAGCAGCCUGAGUGAUUCUUACCACGUUCCCAGCCUGAUCUGAUCUCUCACGCCUGCACUAAGGCUGUGAUACACCUUCAACUUUCCUGGCUGAAACAGGCCCUUUUUCUCGUCUGGGUUACGUCCCAGUGAGGUGUUUCCAUCUGUCAGGAUGUUUGCAGGGGGCCUUCAAAGCACAGAGGGGAGUCAGUGCAGCACAAGCGAGUUGCCCUUGCUCCUUCCCAGACAGCUACACGAGGUGUGUGCUGAGGGGCCCUGUGCCUCUGGCUGUCCUUGCGCCUUCCCCGGCCUUUUCUCUCGUGCUGGUGCCACCCUCAGUGAAGGCCACGGGCCAGCAGCUUGGCUCGAGAACGCACAAAGUGCCUCCAGCUUUGGUCCAGGCUGUGCCCCGAGCCACGGGUGCUUAGGUCAGGCUCUGAGACCUCCCGGGAGCGGCGCCAGCUGCCCGGAUCCAGCCGGCCCCUUCUCUCGGUGCAUCUCGGGAAGGGGACGUGGCAUCUGCAGCUCAGCAGGAGGGGGAGCAGGCAGAGAUGAACGUGGUGGUCUACCCAAAGCCACGCCAGAGCGGGCUGUGAGAGGAAGCGACUACCUCCAAACACACUGACACCAUCCUCCCUCACCUUUGCCUGCUGUCUCCUCCUGGGCUGCUCGGUGCCGGCCACACGCACUCAGGACCGAAGGGCCUCGGGGCCUGCAGUCUGCCUGAGGAGCAACACCCUUGUAGAAAACCACUUUUAAAAAGAGAAGUUUUCUCAGCCACACCACUGUGUCAGCAGAGCCUGGGGACAGCGUGGAGGUGUCAAACACAGCUCGAGGCCGGGCACGGGGCACGGGGCAGCCUCGGCUCCCCCCGCUUUGCGCCUGGUUCCAGAGCAAUUCUCAACAGCAGUUUCCUUCAAGGGCUGGUAAGAAGGAGCCGAUGGGUUCAGCUUCAGCCCUGCGUGACAAAAGCAACCCGUCGGUCCCGGCUCUCGGUUGGCCCCCAUCAGCUGGAGUCAGUGAUAACUGAUUAGAACAGCGUUACUGCAUUCGUGUACUUGCCGUUCCUGUCUCAGAAGUCCCUGGUGAAUAUGAGGCUGUAUAGAUGUGUACAGUUGUAGUGACUGAUGCUAGAUUAUAGUCUGUGCUAUAGGGUGGCUCAUCCCUCUCUCACUGUAUCCUGACAAUGUAUUACUGAUUUAUAACUCUUUGUAAUCCACGUCCGUAGGAGCCGUUUGGGCAGCAGUGUGUGUGCACACACAGUGGUCACCGAGGAAUAACUGUCCUUCUCAGACUUGACACUUUUCAGACAAAACCAGGUUUUCUAGCUUUGAUGACUGAAGAAGUGCAGUGCUUGUGAAACGAGGAACUGGGGCCACGUUCCCACGAGGCACCUGAGGACACUCUGGUUUGCUGAGGGCGCUUCCACGAAGGCCGCAGUAACACGAACCAGGAGUCGAUUCCCUAAGGGCCAGGUCGUCCUUCUUGGUUAACUCGAGGUUUCUAACAACACUUGAGUGUCUUUUGACCAUUCAGACACAUCCCAUAGGUAGUCAGGAGCAUUAUAUAUAACCCCACCGCAUUUAUCCACAUUUAACCUUUCAGCUGUCAUCUGAGUGGAGAGCUGGAGCAGCUCACCCCUGUGCCUGACCUGUCUGAGCUGUCUUCCCAGGGGCAGCUUCUCCUUCCCAGGGGCAGCUUCUCCUUCCCAGGGGCAGCUUCUCCUUGCCGGGAGGACGGGGUGGGCUGGCAGACGCAUCCUCCCAAGGGGCUAGUGCUGGGCUGCCUGGCCAGGGUGCUCCUCGCCAGCUCUUACUGCGGGUGCCAAGCACAGGGAAGGUCAGCAGGACCCUCUGACUCGGUGUGAGCUCACCUUGUUGGCAAACAAGCAGGAGCUGCCUCCUCCUGCUGUGGGCUGCAGACAGGGGCUGUGCUCACAACCACCUGCAGUUGGGUCUUUAUGACCAAGGCUGACCCUGAGAUCCUGUGGCCUGGCAGGUUCUGUCACUGUCAGGAUACAUUCUUUCUUAACUGUAAGUAAUUAGCAAUAUUUACGAGCUGUGAGUGUGUCCUACCCGGGAUUUGUUCAGCUGUCUUAAGCACAAUAAAGCUGCCUCUUCCUUCUGUUGUACAUGUCAGUGGAGCAGCCUGGUGUGGGCCAGGGCUUGUCCUGGAAGGUGUUGCAGCAGCACAGGGGCGGGUUUCUCGCUGUGCUCCGUCACACCCCCAGCUCAGAAACACGCUGGUUCUUUCCUUUGCACAAACACUGGUGUAGAUGUUGCUGUAAGAGACAUGCCCUGGGCUCGUUGCUCCACUCUGCCAGGGAGAGGUGUGUAUAUUCCCUCUUUAAUAAACACUAAACAACUCAA